UGCAGUGCGCACGGUCGCACGAUGGAAGCCAGGUGGGGGUAAAAGUUGCAGCUUAUAAUACCUCCACGUUGUCGUCUUCACCUUCUGCGUGAUAACUCUUACAGAGCACUCAAGCAACAUGAAUACUACUUUGAGCCCGUUCCAGGAGCCGUCUCUGCCAAUUCCAGUCCUUUCUCCUGCGCCUGUUACCGAAUUGCAGGGUCAGACUAACAUGGCCUCCAGCCCCUUUGCCAUCCGCGUGCAUUUCGCGGACGAUGUCGAAGCACCUUCACAUCUCGUUCGCCAGUCGCAGGCGGGGUUCAUGCCUGCUGCCUCAGUCAACAAGCGUUCCAUGAGCUUGUCUAGACUGGACGACCUUGCCAAAAAGCCCAAGCUCUCGCUCACCAUCGAUCCGCAUCCUCCUACACCAUUUCCCCACACGACCGUCUUCGAGGUACCACCAAACAACACGGCGUCCUCACUCGACGAGCACGACUCUACCAAUACUAGCAUCGCGUCAUCUCCGUUGAGAGCGAAUGAAGGGGCCCCCACUGGGUCAAUCGUCCGCGAUGCAGCUAGGGUCGAGACCGCGCUGUUCGAGCUCAUCCGAGAGCUGCACUGGCUGCAAUCUGAGCUGCAGCGAGUGGACCCUAUACGUGGCGAUACGGAGCUGAUGCUUGGGCGAUGUCAGCGAUCCCUGCAGCUGUGCCACAAUAUACGUCUUUCUUUCACCUACGUCAACUGCAGCCGGGCAGAACACCGUGACGCGGCGAGACAAGAGCUCAUUGAUGAGCUUGUUCCUCAUCUUGAUCGGUUGUUGGAAACUAUUUGUGGGCAGCCAUCGUCGGGAACUGUGUGACAAGCUUUGUACGGUAUAGCGAGUUCUUGUGUAUGAUGC